GUGGAGUCCCUGUCCUGGGGCGGUGACCUCAUCACUGUGCGGUGCCCGGAGCGGUGAGUGGCCCUGGCUGACCUACCUAGGAUUCUGCAGUGUUAAGAUUCCUAUAAAUGUUUGACAAAUGCCAAAGAUGGAUCUGGAGUAGAGCGUAAGAUCUAGAGACUCCAUGUGCAGCAACGAUCAAUGAGAACUAAUAAGCACAAGACCUCUAAAACAAGUGUCAGACAUUAGGAUCUGUCCGAAACCAUUAUAUAUGGAGGACCAAAGUCUCCCCACGUCACCGGAUGGAUCUAGUAAGAGCAAUACACCAGAGAGAUGCGAGAGUCCUUAUUAUUCUGAGGAUUGGUCAGAGGAAGAUGAGGAUGACGACCCACAAGAUGAACAGGCAGGUAACCUGGUUAUUGUAAAGGUGGAAGAAACAGAGGGUGAAGAGGAGUAUGCAAGAAGUGAAGUGCAUUACAAUGAGGAUUACCUUACAGAUAUCAGCCAAGAUGGAGAAAGUAGUAGUAAGACCUCCGAUUUUAAGACUGAAGAGAACGAUGGAGAUUACCCCAGUAGUCCAACUGAUUACCCUAACCAUGAAGAUGUUUGCCCAGAUACGAAUGAUGUUGCUGAUACAUUCUUUUCAUGCACCGAAUGUGGCAAGUGUUUUACCCAAAGAAUAAAUCUCAUGAGACAUCAGAAGAUCCACAAAGGAGAGAAACCAUUCCCAUGUUCCAUAUGUGGGAAGUGCUUUACCAACAAGUCUGAUGUGGUUCGGCACCAGAGAAUUCAUACUGGGGAACGGCCAUUUCCAUGUCUGGUAUGUGGAAAGUCUUUUUCGCAGAAAUCUGUUCUCAUACAACAUCAGAGAAUUCACAAUGGUGAAAAGCCGUUUUCGUGCUCUGAAUGUGGCCGUUGUUUUACACAAAAAUCUAUUCUUAUUAAACAUCAGAAAGUUCACGCAGAAGAACGGCCAUUUUCCUGUCCUGUGUGUGGGAAAUUCUUCACAAAGAAAUCUGUUCUUCUCGAGCAUCAGCGCAGCCACUUCUCCGAGAAUCCCUUCCCUUGUUUUGAUUGUGGCCAGUUUUUUCUGGAAAAAUCUGACCUUGAAGAACAUCAGGUGAUUCACAAUAGUGAGAAGCCUUUUUCAUGUUCUCAGUGCGAUAAAUACUUUAAAUUCAAAUCUGAUCUAGUGCGACAUGAGAGAAUCCACACUGGGGAGAAGCCAUUUUCCUGCACGGAAUGUGGGAAGUGUUUCUCUCAGAAGUCUGAUGUUGUCAUACACCAGAGAAUUCAUAAAGGAGAGAAGCCUUUCCUGUGCAUAGAGUGUGGAAAAUCCUUCACACAGAAGUCUGUCCUCCUCAAUCAUCAGAUUAUGCACACAGGACAGAAGCCCUUUUCCUGCACCGAAUGUGGCAAGUUUUUCACUCGGAAAUCCAAUCUCAUUAAACAUCAGUCCAUGCAUACGGGGGUUAAGCCAUUUUCAUGUUUGGACUGUGGUAAAAGCUUUACGCGAAGAUCUCGUUUCCUCAAACAUCAGGAGAAUCACAGAAAGCCUGACGAGAGCCAGAUACAAGAACUCUUGUAUGACAAGACCGAAAUUCAUCAAUAGCAACCUGGGACCUACGCUGAUAUGUCUUCCACUCAGUGUUUCUUGGCAUCCUCAAUAUGAGGAUGUAUUCUUCUGGCAGACCAGAAACCUGCUAAACUGAACUUUCUGCCUUUUCCGCAAUCAAACAGAUUGACUUUUGAAGGAAUUAACAAAAAUUAUCCAGUCCUCCAAACCUUGACGCACACUAAAAUGUUCUGAUUGUCAGGAUUGGCCCACAGAAGUCUUGUGAUCUUUGUCAAAUUUAUUGUAUGAUGUUUGGAAAGAUGUCUACACCGUUGACUCAAUGGAAUUGUAGUGUUUAUCUAUGUCAAUAUCUAUUUCAUGUUAAAUUAAGUAUACUGAUUGUUUUACCAGUCCUAUAGGUGACUUCUACGCAAUGAUCAUGAGGGGAAUUUUUUUUUAACUCUGUUUUGCGCGAGCCAGAGUUGACUUAAUUUAUCAAGCAUUGCAUGUUGUAUGAUAUAUUUGGUGCAUCUUUACAAAUAAUACAUGUCUAAAGAUGAUACCUCAUGUUUUAUGCCACUCAUUGCCCAAGUUUGCCCGUUUUUUGCACUUAGUUGACAAAUCUGGUGUACACCUAAUUAUCGGUAAUAUGGCUACCCACACCUACUUUUCGACCCAGAGGGGCAU